AUGAAGAGCGACGACAAGAGACCGUUGAUCGAUCCGGUAGCGACGCCGGGCCCGUGCAUCGAAGCCGGUAUAGAGAACCACACGGGUCCUCAACCGACCGAAACGACAAGUUUGCUGUCCAAGCGGAAGCACACGCGGCGCUCUGAUGUGCACUAUCGAGACUGCAUCUCAGGCCCUCGUUUUCAUUUCCUGUUCUGGAGCAUAAUUUUUGGUUGCACAAUUGCGUUCUUCGACACCACAUUGAUGGCCUCUUCCCAUCCCGUCAUCACCUCCUACUUCGAAGCCUCGAACGCUGCUUCAUGGCUUAGUACAGUGUUCUACCUGACUUCCACGGUGUUUCAGCCAGUUUACGGCCGAGUUUCGGACACUAUCGGUCGACGGCCAGCCUUGCUCUUCGCGAUUGUCAUGUUUUUCGCCAGCACGCUAUGGUGCGGUGCAGCUGGAAGUAUUAGCAGUUUCAUCGCCGCCAGAGCGGUAAGUGGAUUGGGUGCCGGCGGUGUGAUUGCCCUCGGGGGAAUCUUGACGAGCGACAUUGUCAAAAUCGAGUACAGAGGCAUUUAUCAGAGUUAUUUCAACUUGGCGUAUGGAGCAGGCAAUGGGCUGGGUGCCGCCUUAGGUGGCUUUCUCUGUGACCACUUCGGCUGGCGCGCUGCCUUCUUCUUGCAGCUACCUUUUAUCGUCGUCUAUGGGGUGCUUGCCAUCUUUUCUUGCCCAGAUAACCUCGGUCCACAUCUUGCUAAGACACAGGGCAAGACACUCGGCGAAGCCUUCAAGAGCUUCGAUACCUAUGGGACGAUUGGAAUGAUCCUCACAGUCUCCGGCCUCAUUCUGGGGGUGAAUUUGGGCGGGAACGUUUUCACGUGGAGGCAUCCCCUUGUUAUCAGCAGCCUGGUGAUAUCUGGCAUUGCAGGCGUUUCCCUGGUCUUCGUGGAGCGGAAAGCCGAACGACCAAUUCUACCUCUGAGGCUUUUCUCAACAACGCCCCUUGCAAAUGUCAAUGGAAGCAACUUUAUUGCCUCGAUGCUUACCAAUACCGUUUUGUUCAAUGUUCCGCUCUACCUGCAAGCAGUCCGACAAACCUCGCCUACGACUUCGGGUCUUUACCUAGUACCUCCUCUAGUCGGCGCUAGUAUCGCCGCUAUCCUAGCAGGAGUUUACAUCACCGUCACCAGACGGAUGAAGCCGCCGAUGGUGCUGGGCUCAGCCUUGGGACUUGGUGGCGCGGUAGCUAUAACGUGUCUGUCAGCAGACACCCCUACCUCGCUUGUCCCUUAUCUCAUUCCUUUUGUCUCGAUCGGCCAAGGAUUCUUCUUCCCAGCAGCAACAAUCGCAGUCUUAGCACUCAACUCACAGGAGGAUCAAGCUGUGGCAACUACCACACUUGGCCUCAUCCGCAACCUCGGCUCCAUUAUGGGCGUGGCUUUGAGUAGCUGGGUAUUGCAAAAUGCGCUGCCGAUAUAUCUAAACAGAUACAUCACCGCACCUGACGCAGCGACCAAAGAACACAUCAUUCGCACCGUCAGAGAAUCGAUCCACUCGAUCCGGGAUUUGGAUCCCGUGCACAGGAAACAGGUCAUUGAUGCAUAUGCGUCGAGCUUGAGAGCGACAUUCGUCCUGGCCAUCAUCUUCUCCAUUUUAUCUGUCAUGCUCAUCUGGCCUGCUCAGCUGCCACGUCUGCAAAAACAAGAGGACAUGGACAAAGACGAGACGGCUGUUUUCGCUCCGGGAUCGAGUGGCGAGUCUGACGAUGAUGAAGAGGAUGAGGCAGAAGCUGGGUCGCAAGCAUUGCUGGCAACGCCGACUCAUUCUAUUGUGCGAACUUUGACGAGCGGUACGAAUCGGAGCGCCAGAUCAACGUCCUUGGGUGAGGCGCUAGGAAGGAGAGCAAGUUUUGACACGAAUUUCUAG